GUCUCGGAUUUGGAAUUCUGUGUAAUAGCGUUGCAGUGCUGAUUUUCAACAAAUACAGGUAUACAUUCCGAAAGGUCUUUAACCCAUAAGAAAGCAAAUACAGAUGUGCAAUCGUUUCCACGAUGUUAAUAUCCCACUACUAAGCGACAUUUUCAUUUUAUUUUCCACAACUUUGUACUGACCGGUGUGCGCUGCCAGACACUUAUAGGGCUUCAAUUGAGCUGUGGAAAAACUAAAACUUAUUAAAUUUGUCGAGGUACUAUGUUUAGUCUUUCGGUAAUAUUCAAACGUGCAAGAUGCUUGCACCAAGAAGCGUGUGGAAAAUUAAAAACAAAAGACACUAAUUUAAUAAACCUCUCGCAAGGACCCGCAUUAAUUUCCGAAUUCGUUACACAACCGCGAAAAGCACUUAUUUAUAUUAUUUAUUGCAACUUUAAGUACCUGUAUAAGUAUCUCUACGCUAACAUUCAAUUCGGAUAUGCAAACAAGCAAAAGUCUAUUAGCAAAAUGUGUGAAAUUAACAUUUACAAUGCUGCUACUGGUGGCAUAUAACGCGGUGCCGGUCAACGGGUAUCCUGCAAACACCUUCCGGGAUCUCGAUAUCUGUAAUCACUGGAAUGGACGUCGGCAUUUUCUGGAAUUGGGCGAACGUGGAGAUUUGCAUGCGCGCAACGUGACAACAUCGGCCUUCCGAAGUACCCUCUUCUCGCCCACAAAUCCCAGCCAAAUGAAGAAUCGCAGUAGCACCGAUAUUUGGUACCAAUGCAAUUUGGAGCUCGUAACCUGUGCUGAAUGUGUCAUCCGUAUAACGUUCGUUCACGUCAAUUUCUCCAAGACAUGCGAACGCAUUGCUAACUCCGGUAUAGGAAAGUCAUCACUUUGUCCUUGCGAACACAUACAAUUUUCAGAACCUCCAUAUGACACAACUCUUUCGGGGCAGGAAUUCUGCGGUGAUGGCAAAGUCUUUCGCAGCAAGACUCGUACAUUAUUGCUAAAAUUCUUUUAUCGCGCCACCAACAGUCAUGUAUUUUCGCUACAAUAUUUCUCAGAAAGAAAUGUUAAGAUCGUCAGCGGCUCGCCUCGACAAGCCAUAGUCAGCAACUACUCUAAAAAUGAACCGCAUGUCAUAUCAACACCUUAUUUCCCAAUGCCAUAUCCGCGAGAUUAUGGCAUCGAGCAUAUACUAACGUGUGAAUCGGAAAACUGUCAAGUUCGACUGGAUUUUACCGACUUCCAAUUGGGGCUCACUUCAACACUGGAAAUAUUCGAUUCAAACGGUCAAAUGUUGGACUCAUAUACCGGUGAGCAUUUUCGCCCGCCCAUCACUAUUAGCAAUGGUAAAUCACUUUUACUUCAAUUUCGUGGUAACGGCAAUACCGGUGUUGGGUUUCGCGGAGAAAUAACUUUUGUCUCAUCCAAGCAAUUGAAAGAAGACAGAUUAGUACCAUAUACAGAUUGUGGCGGCAUGGUGUCUGGACCAGGUGGAGCGAUUACUAUGAUGAAUAUGAUUGAAAAUAGCACCGAUGUUAGAUUCUACGACUGUAUAUGGAUAAUUAAACCCGGCAACAAUUACAUGAUGAUGAAGACACAUAUAUCAUUAAGAGUCGAGGAAUUCCACGGAAUGGCUUCACGCUCAGAUCUUACCAUACGGCAAGGCACCACAUCCGACGCAGCUGAAAUAGAAAGCGUUGUUUGGCCCAAUAAUGGUAUGAGUAAAGAAAGUCACAUUGUACCGGUAUUAACGGGCUACUACAUACGUUUACGUGGUGUCUUCGGUAUGUCGUCUAAAUUGGCAAUUUCGUACAGUGUGUUUAACUAUUUAAAUUGCUAUAUUGGAUCUGAAUUCCUUUGCGGUAAUAAUCAUUGCAUCUCCAUUAGAUUACACUGCGAUGGUUUCGAUCACUGUGGCGACGGCUCAGACGAACCAGAGUCAUGCGAAGAGGAUUGGGCUCAUUUACAAAAUGAUCGCCGAUGGUAUUCACAUAAACCAAAUUAUUAUUUUCCAAAAAUUGAGCAGUAUCCUGACUUGAAAACGGCAACUGGUAUUUUCAUAAUAAGCACACUUGGCAUAUUUGCCGUAUUAACAGGUUGGAUGGUCAUAUUAUAUCGGAUGGGAGUUAGAGCCCGCCAUCAGCGCGAACUGCAAAGUCAUCUGCAAACCAUCAGUGAACUAUUGGAUCGUCAAGAAGAGAUGACCCCAGAUGAACCACCGAGCUAUGAAGCACCUCCUGACUAUGAAGAGGUUAUUAAAGUGGGCAUGGAACAGGAGAUACGUGAUGCUCGUCAACGACAGCGUCGUCGUCACCAUCACCAUCCUAGUUGUGGACAUGCAACAUGCGUAGUUCCACAUACUCAUGCAUGUGAGCGUCCAACUACAUCGGCAGCCGCUGCAGCUCUUGUCGUCGGAGGUCCCGGCGGCACAGAUGGAGCUGGAACAGCAAUACCGGAUACGGAAAUAUGCAAUGAAUUGGCCAAUCGUGUACUGAUGGUCACUGCAGCUUGCGGCGCUGCAGGCGCGUCAGAGCCGAGCUCAACUACACAGGGAUGCUGUUGCUGUCAAUCCAUGGGGAUUCCGACGUGCCCGACAUCGCUUCCCAUUGGGUGUGAAUUAUCCCCUACCAUUGGCGAGCAACCGGAGGCUACAGCCAGCUCUGCCGGAACGCCGAGUCAACUUGAGGAACGAAGUGACGAAUUUCGAGAUGACUCACUCAAUAUAUCGCUCACUCUAGGCAUCCCACAAACAACAAUGGCGCUCAGCGAAAACGAUUCUAAUGCUUCAUCUCGACCGAAGAGCACCACUAAUUACAGCGAGCAAACUUACUUGAAACGUUCCUGGAUUGUCGUAAAUAAUGGUACACAUAACUACAAGGUUCAACGUUUGCGUCAUACAUUCUCGGUACCCGAGUCAUUUCCUAUAGAUGCUUAUUACCCCGAUGUACUAACCUACGGUACCAAUCUACCACAUGAACGACACCUUUUCCUCAGCAAUGCUAGCAACUUUGGGUCGGAGUUAUCGCGAGACCCUUCUGCGCACUGCAUCAGUACACGCCGACACCAUCAACAACCAUAUCAACCGCAAUCAGGUCAGCAACAGCGUAACACUAUGUUGCCAAUUUGCAAUGAUGAUUUGUUUAACCCCACCUUCACUGAUCUUUGCGUCGCACCCACAACUCACAAAAAUCCCACCACCGAUGCAGGGUAUAGGCGAGAUCUACCGCUUCACAACGAAACGGAUAGCGACUGUGAGCGAAAUGUAUCUUGCUUUGGAGCGGUGAGCCAUCGUAAACAUGGUCGACGUGGUCACGGCAGACGUCAUGUUCGCAGCAAAUCAUUUACGAACUCUACCAGCAGCCAACAGCGUCAUCAUCAACGGGUCGGUGGAGGUAGUGGUGUAAUGAGAAGAAGCUCGUCGGCCGAUUUGUUGUUGCGCUUAAGCCCAGUCACAACACCUAAGCAGGAAUGUACCAGUUCGACUGGAAAUAGACAACCACAUCCAAAGCAUGAAGAAUUGAUCUUUUUGAUUUGAGGUGCGAUCUAGAUUAUUUGAAAGUGAAAAGGUGACUAAUGUGGGGUUUUAGUUCAGCAUUUGGAUCUCUUUUAGUUUUUGGAUGUGAUUUAGCUAAUAGUUUUAUAUAUUAUCAAAUUGUUAUACUCAUAAAUAUUUAUUUAUGUACAUACAAUAUUUUCCUUGUUAUAACUAUUCUGUAUCCUCAUAAUCAACGCUAACGGUUACAGAUAUACUAUUAUCCUUUGACACUUACUUAUAAAGCAACACUGAAAUUAUUGUUAUCCAUAUACAUAUGUAUGUAUGUAUGUACCUUAAAAUAGUUAUGGAGAAAGAAUAAUACACAUAAUUUCAUAAAUCAAAUAUAA